AUGGAAGAGCCUAAUCCAAGAGAUUUCAGAGCCGGUCGGGACGACAGAGGUGGUGCCAGUGGCGGUGGUGGUGCCAGUGGCGGCGGUGGUGGCAGAGGCGGUGGCAGUGGCGGCGGCGGCAGCAGAGGCAGGGGCAGAAGCGGCAGGGGCAGGAGCUGCUACGUGGAGGUCUUCGGCCCCCGAGAACCACCUCUGUGCUUUAAAUUAAAUAACAACAUGAUUGGUGUGGUAAUUGGUCGUGGUGGAUCCAAGAUAAAAGACAUCCAGAGUACGACCAGCACCAAAAUACAGAUCAUGAAAGGCGAUUCUGAAGCAGAGGUGAAAAUUUUUGGUACCAAGGAUAUGAAAGCAAAGGCCAAGGCGGCUAUAGAAACUCUCAUUAAAAAACAAGAACGAGGCUACACUUCAGAAUCCAGUGUUGAUAAUGCUGGCCCUCAGCCCUUUGUGGGACGAGAUUUUCACACAGAUACCACUGGUAGACAAGUUCAGCCACUGAUAGAGUGGGAUCAGGUCAGGGCAGAAGUCGUAGAGUGGGAAAAAAGAAAAUGGGCAGAUUUACCACCAAUUCAGGAAAAUUUUUAUGUAGAAUCCAAAGCAACAAGGUCAAUGUCUCGAGUUCAGGUAGAUAUGUGGAGAAAGGAAAAUUUUGACGUAAUGUGUGAUGACUUGAAAGAUGGUGAAAAGCGUCCCAUCCCCAAUCCCAUCUGUAAAUUUGAGGAUGCUUUCCAACCCUAUCCUGAACUUAUGAAAAACAUUAGAAGAGCUGGUUUUCAAAACCCAACGCCGAUUCAGUCACAGGCAUGGCCAAUUAUUCUACAAGGAAUCGAUCUUAUAGGAGUUGCCCAAACGGGAACAGGCAAAACUUUGUCCUAUUUAAUGCCUGGGUUUAUUCAUCUCAAUAAUCAACCAGUAUCGAGAGAGGAAAGGCAUGGACCUGGCAUGCUGGUCCUUGCACCCACUAGAGAAUUAGCUCUUCAGGUGGAAGCUGAAUGUUCUAAGUAUUCAUACAAAGGUCUUAAAAGUGUUUGUAUAUAUGGUGGUGGGAAUAGAGAUCGACAAAUACGAGACAUUACCAAAGGAGUAGACAUCAUUGUUGCAACUCCUGGACGACUGAAUGAUCUGCAAAUGAAUAAGUUUGUCACCCUACAAAGCGUAACCUACUUAGUCCUAGAUGAAGCAGAUAAAAUGCUAGAUCUGGGGUUUGAACACCAGAUAAUGAAGAUUUUAUUAGAUGUGCGCCCAGACCGCCAGACCAUUAUGACAAGUGCAACCUGGCCAGAUACCAUUCGUCAACUUGCUCAAUCUUAUUUGAAAGAGCCUAUGAUUGUUUAUGUUGUCACUCUGGAUCUAGUUGCUGUAAAUACAGUGAAGCAAAUUGUAAUUGUUACCACAGAAGAAGAAAAACGAUCUCUUAUCCAAGAAUUCCUAGAGAGCCUAUCACCCCAAGACAAAGUCCUCAUCUUCGUCAGCAGAAAACUUGUCGCUGAUGACUUAUCCAGUGAUUUAGGCAUACAAGGUAUCCCUGUACAAUCACUGCAUGGUGACAGAGAACAACAUGAUCGUGAACAAGCACUAGAGGACUUUAUCGGACAAGUGAAAAUAUUGAUUGCUACCGAUUUAGCAUCCAGAGGUCUUGAUGUUAAUGAUGUCACCCAUGUGUAUAAUUAUGACUUCCCCCGCAAUAUCGAAGAAUACGCACACAGAGUGGGGCGUACUGGAAGAGCAGGGAAGACUGACAUAUCGAUUACCCUCACAACUCAAAAUGAUUGGAAGAUUGCCACUGAAUUGAUUAAAAUUCUGCAACGAGCAAAUCAAAGUGUCCCCAAAGAUCUUAUAACAAUGGCCGAACAAUACAAGUUACAUAAGCAAAAAAAGGACGCAGGAAGAAAAUCAAAAUCUCGUGAAAAACCCAAGGAGUCUUGUUGA